AUGGCCUCUACAGUAAACAACAACUCCAAGUUCGUUGUACCGGCUCUCAAGCCGGAGGACGUGCCGGGAGGCGCGUGCUGCGUGGACGAAACGACAUUUGCCACUUUGUUCCCGUCGUACUUAGAGAGCUACAUCAAGAGCAUCUGGCCUGCAGUGGAGGAGCUGCUUGAGCAGCAUCAGCUCGUCGGGAGGCUCGACCUGAUGGAGGGCAGCAUGGCGGUGGCGACGACCCGCCGCACCUGGGACCCGUACGCGAUCGUCGACGCCCGCGACUUCAUCAAACUGCUCGCCCGUAACGUUCCUCUCGCUCAGGCGCAGAAGAUCUUCCAGACCGACAUUACAUGCGAUAUUAUCAACAUCGGCGUCAAGGGCGGCAGCGUGCGGCGCUUUGUGAAGCGGCGCGAUCGCUUGAUCGGGCCCAAGGCGCAGACCCUCAAGGCACUAGAAAUUUUAACUGGAUGCUACGUCCUCGUGCAGGGUAAAACGGUUGCGGUGAUGGGCCCCGUGAAGGGCACACAGAUGGUUCGGAGCAUUGUCGAAGACUGCAUGAACAACAUUCAUCCUAUCUACGGCCUGAAACAGCUGCUGAUCAAGCGCGAGCUGAGCAAGCGCGAGGACAUGAAGCACGAGGACUGGUCCCGUUUUAUUCCAGUCUACAAGAAGACACAACCGAACAAGGAGAAGCAGAAGGCUGUGCGCAAGAUGAAGAAGGAGAGGAUGAAGGAUUUAAAACACAAACAGGCAGGCAAGGUGAAGACCAUCUUCCCACCGGCACCCCCGAAGCGUCUGGAGGAUAUUGCAAUGGAAAGCGGCCAGGCCUUUCUCGCCCCGCGUCAGCGCCGCCCCAAAGAAGAGCUAGAGCUGCAAGGCGCUGCAUCUGUAUCCCCGUCGGCUUCCGCGAACACUAGGAACAAGGGCAGUAGCCGCAGCAAGACGGAUGCGACGAUCUCCAACAAGGUCAAGGUGUGA